AUGCAUGACUUCGUGAAGCAUUCGCGACAAACCACCGAAAGCUCCAAGACACGGCGUUUGCGAGGACAUCUUGGGGUCAUUGAGGGAAGAGAUGCCAGAGUCUUUGGUAGAGUCGCCGUAUGCGAGAUCAUUGCUGGCGCAGUAGCUGGCUCAACCGUAGACAUCUCAUUAUAUCCUCUCGACACCCUCAAAACUCGUCUUCAAUCCUCCGCCGGUUUCUGGGCUUCAGGAGGAUUCCGUGGGGUAUAUAGCGGAAUUGGCUCGGCGAUUGUGGGCUCCGCGCCGGGUGCUGCCCUCUUCUUUGUCACCUAUGAAGGCACCAAGCGAUAUCUCGCACCCAAAACACAAGGCAAAUAUGGCGAAGCGGGUGUGCACAUGCUGGCAGCGACGUUGGGAGAGAUAGCUGCUUGCGCAGUGCGGGUACCGACCGAGGUGGUCAAACAAAGAGCGCAGGCGAAGCAAUAUCYCAGCUCAUUGACGGCGCUGACGUCGAUUCUCAAUCAGCGGAAAACGCAUGGGCUGAGACAUGUAUGGCUGGGAUUGUAUAGAGGCUGGUCAAUCACGGUGAUGCGAGAGGUGCCGUUCACCGUCAUUCAGUUCCCUCUGUGGGAGGGUUUGAAGAAAUGGUCAUUGCAGCAGCGAGAGGGCGUAAAACCUGCAGAUGUUACGGCGGCCGAGAGUGCACUCUAUGGUUCGAUAUCAGGAGCCAUCGCAGCGGGACUAACCACGCCAUUGGACGUGCUGAAGACAAGAAUGAUGCUGGCUACAACACGGCAGAGUGUCUUCACUCUGACGUCGGAUAUCUGGAAGAAGGAGGGUGGCAAGGUCUUCUUCAGUGGCAUUGGUCCCAGGACUAUGUGGAUUAGUAUUGGUGGUGCUGUCUUCUUGGGAAGCUACCAGUAUGCAAGCAACAUGUUGGGCGGCCGAUGA